AUGCGUAUCUCAACAGUAAUUCGCGCAUCAAUGCUGGCUGUUGCCGCAAUGUCGUCAUUUUCUAUUCCAUACUCCUCGGACGCCAAGCAGGUGACCGUGAGCAGUGAGCACGACGUCGAUGCCUCCAUCAUCCAUUCGCCAGUUAAGUCUCGUGCUUUAGGUGCCGCUGUGGCCAACGCAGAUGAUGAUUCAACUCCCGCUAAAAAGCCUAAGAAGAAAAAAACGAAGAAAGCUAAAUCGGCAACCAAGGCAGCAGCUGAGAGUGAAGACCGAAGUAUUGAGUCAACAGCUACCGAAAAAGAUGCUGCCGAUCAGACCACUGCAGCAGCAACCCCCAAAAAGAAAAAGAAACAGAAAAAGAGUGCCGCCACACCUGCCCCUGAGGCCACGGACGCUACCGACACCGCUAAUUCUCAGGAUGCUGCUAACAAGUCUGGUGUCAAGGACAAAAAGAUUAAGGGUUCUAAGAAUGAGGGUGUUAUUGAUGGAUCAUCCGAGGGUCUUGCCGAAAUUGAUAAGAUUGAUUUGCGCAAUGAGGAAGGAUGGGUGAGCGUAUAUGAUGAUCCUCCGCUUCUUGUUAUCAAGGCUUCGCUUUACGCCUUUAUUGCUUACAAUGACACGGAUGUGUGUGACACCUUUAACAUGACCAUGAAUGCCGUGGAGCAAAAGCCCGAAGAUAAUGGACGUUUUUCGUACCACGUUGUGGCCUACAUCAAUUGCACUAAGAAUGGUGAAGAUGAGACGCAAGGUCGGUUUAUUUUGAACUUCAUUCCGGAGGGCAAGCGAUUGCUUCUGACCGAGUGUGGUCAUCGUGAAGAGGGCGAAAUUGUCAACUGGCUGCGUAUCCAAGAUGAGGUGCCAGAGUGCAUGACCCCCACACAGCGUAAAAACUUCCUUGCUCAGCCUAUGAAGCACAUCCAUGCUAGCAACGGUGUCGCUGAUACCGAGGCAGUUCAGACAGACUUUUUAUCUCGUCUCGAGGAGUUUGACAAGGAUGAGGUUGCAAUUGUUGGAACUGCUACCAUUGCAAUUAUUGCCAUAAUUGUUGCGCUGGUAGCCUUUGUAUUGCGUAAGCGCAAGGCACAGAAGGAUCUUGAACGCACUAUUGCCGGUGCCAAGGCCGAGCACGCUGUCGAAGACGAUGAUUUGCAGAUUGAACCAGAAGAGAAAGUCACUAAGGAGCGUAAGGGAUUGAUGGACAGCUCUAAGGCCAAGGUUGACGAUCCUGAUAUGGAGGAGGGGUCGUUUGUGAACUCUCCAGCUGUGCGUGUUUAA